AUGGCGGCGUCGGGGGCUGGGCGCGCGAACGCCGCGCGCGGCACGAAGGCGACGGAGGAUGUUCUACGGAUCGUCGGGACCAGCGAGGCGCUGGAUUCGGACGACAUCGAGUACAUCCUCGACGACUAUAUCAGAACGUCGUCAUGCAUCGCGGCGAAGCGCGGCCGGGUGCAGGACCAGAUCGCCGCGGCGUCCCGCGGGCGCGGCAAGCGCGCCGGCAACCGGCGGGCGCCGGUGCCGGCCGAAGAAGCCUACACGAGGAAGGGCCUGGGGGCCGACCGGAAGCGCCUCAGGGCGCAGGCCGGUAAGGCCAAGAAAGAGCAGCAGCGUCAGGAGGCCAUGUGUGGCGAGUUUCUGGAGUUGCUCGCCGACGCGAGGCAGAGGGACGGGCUGCGCCGCUAG